AUGGCCGCUCCCGAUCCCGCUCCGACUCAAGUCAACGGCGCGAGCAAGAUCUCGGAGCCGGGCCAGCCCCAGUCUCAGAAACAACCUCUCCGAAACGGAGCAUCGCCAGGGGUCGAACAACAAAACCUAUUGUUGACAGGAAAACAAGAGCAUUACCUGAAGCGCGAACUUAUCUCAGAGCAAGUCAAAUGGGAGAUCUCAGAGCUCAACUCUCCCACGGCCCUUCGCCGGUUUGGCGCCCCUUUCAAGUCCGAUGUGGGCGAGGUGUCGCCUCUAGACUCGGAGUUGCCCAUUUUGAGGUACAUCUUCGUCCACCAUAUCCGAGAGUUUCCCUUUCUGGACAAAGCCAGAGAGAAGGAGUUUUGGCAGGAUAAGUUGCAAGUGUUCCUGGAGAGCUUUGCAAACAAAAACAUCUCGUCCUCGGAGGACCGCCUGGAAGAGACCAAGAGGCGAAAGCUCGCUAACAAGGCCAAGAAGCUGGUCGAGCUGAUGAUGGUGUCGGGUAUCCCGACUGCCUCGGGUUUUGAGGAGAGGAUAAGGUUCUCCGAAAUCGAAAUCGUCGACGCCAAUCCGACCGAGACGGGUGUCCUCACGACGCUCCCCGAGGGCAACUACUUGAACGGAUGGGACGUGAACGUCGCCGGUGUCCGGAUGAUCUCGGAACGGAGGAAGCUCCGGCACCGUAAGCACGCUGAAUUCAUCCUCCGGGUCAAGAGGAAAAACGGCGCCGAAUAUCACAUUGGCCGGCGAUACGGAGACUUCGCUCGAUUACACAAGAGGCUACACACCGAGCUCCCAGGGAAGAUCCUCCCCUCCCUUCCGCACAAGAACAAGUCGAACAUGACGGCCCUUAACAUGGGAGUUAGCGUCGAUGGCAACAAUUCGGAUACGGAGUCUGUUUGGUCUGUCUCGACUCAGCUUCGGAGUAGACAUUCGGCCAAUGGCUCCAUCCAUUCGACGCAGUCGGCUCGAUGGAGCAGCACGGCUCACAGGCUAUCGAUUAAGGACCAAUCGAGCGACGGGCUUUCUCCUCGGUCAUCAGUGGACACUAGGAAUGGGAGGUCUAAGACCCCUUCGCUCCGGCGUCCUGAAACUCCCCAAGCGCAAGAGCCUGUCAUAUUAUGGCGGGAGAGCCAGAGAGUUUCGCUGCGUGCUUUCCUACGGUCCCUACUACAGAACUCCCAGAUCGCCAACACUAAGGCUAUUGAGGACUUUUUGACAGCAGAACCGAUCACCUUGACCGAUGAAGACCGCGAGGAUAUUGCUCGUCGGAAGCUGCUUGAUCAACGGCGAGUAGAGGAGCAGAAGAGGUUCUACGAAAUUGCGAGGAAGCGUGCGGCAGAGCUGGAUGUUUACAUGGAACAAUUCCGUCAAGACAUAGUAGAGCGGAACGGUUUAACCAUGCUCUUCAAGGAGAUCCGGGAAAAGGAAACCAUACAAGACCUGAGCCUGCAGUAUCAGAAGUUUGCCGAAUGGCUCCGCAUCGAGGUUGCAGCAACUAUCUACCAUCUCUUCCUCGCUGAAGAUAACUCGCCGGAGCUGUUCGCUCAGGCCAAGAAGAUUCACUCCCUGAUCCCAUACACUCUGAUGAAGAACGUCAUUCGUGUGGCCAACCCGGCAGCUGUCAUGUCUAGCAUCCUGGACAUCUUUUUGGCCCAGCCUUUCGGAACACGAUCUUUGAUGCAGCGCAUAUUCGCUUUAACGCUGCACGACGGGAUCAGGGGCUUCCAGCGAUCGAUCGAUAUCCUCGCGGAGAAGAUUGGCGACCCCAUCUUUGUGAGCAAGCUGAAGGCAUACACGGACGCCGAAGAGCAGGUCAAGGAAGCCAUCAGACAGGAAGCGACUGGCGAUGGGGUUGAUAUCAUUGUGGCCAUUCUCCGGUCUGAGCUCCUCGGGCCCCCGCUGGAGUCGGCCCAGCUUGAACAGUUGUGCAAUGCUUAUGUAGCAUUCAACAAUGCAGUGGAAAACGUGGAUGCGGACCUGCGGCAGGGCGCCGAGCUCUUCUCAUAUCUCAAGCAGCUGAUGAAGCUGUACAUGCGGCAACGCGACAAGGCGAUGAUGCUGAGCCUGAUCGAGGAGCCGGUGACGCUCCAGCUCUUCCGUGACCUGUUUACCAUCUUCUACGAGCCGCUCGUACGCGUGUACAAGUCGGCCAACGUUUACAACAGCGUGACGGACUUUGCGCAGUUUGUCGACGACCUAAUCCAGGUCGUGGAGAGGUGUCGAGACCAAGAUGCGUCCGCGGAUCCUAACCAGACGGUGCAGGCCUUCAUCGACCUCUGCCAGCGGCACGAGCAUAAUUUUUACAAGUUUGUGCACGAAGUGCAUACGCACGACAACGGCCUGUUUACUCAGCUCAUGGGCUGGAUCGAAGGCAUCCUCGAGUUCCUGCGCAAGGGGCCCAAGAACGGCGCGCUCGAUAUGAAUGCGCUGUUCGAGGAGGCCGUCCGUUCUGGACUGAUUGACAAGGACAAGGCCAUCGCUGAGAUCGAUCAGCUCAUUGCGUGGCAGGAAGCACGCAAGCGCUGGCAUCACAACAAAACUCGGCAGAAGAUGGCUGCUGAGGGGGGACCGCCGCCCGACGGAGCGAGCGAUGCGGUCAUGCCGGGUUUGACGGCAUUCCGGUCGGCAGACUUUGGCCUCGAUCAGGAUGAUUUGGCGGAGAUGGGGUAUGAUGAGGAUGAUUCGGAUGACGAGGAGCAAGCUGAGGAAGAGGAUGAGUUGGAUCCUAUUGAGGCGGAACGCAAACGGCGUGCGCGCAGACAGGAUCGGCUGAGGAGAAAUGCGGGCGAGCCCCAGAAGCCGGAAGUGUCGGAGGUGCAUAAGUUGAAGGCGAAUUUCUUGACUAUGUUGAGGAGGGUGCUGGCCGAGUAG